AUGCAUGCUCCUUCUUCGCCAUCAGCAAAAGGGUCCAUGCUCCACUAUCGACAAGCAGAUACCCCAGACGGUGCUGACUUGUUCGAGAUGCGCGAUGCUUCCACGCCGCUAUUCGUUCCUCAUUCCGUCCUCAUUGAUGCCCUUCUUAGGGCCCUGCCACCACCACCCGCAUGCACAAUCCGUACCUCACAUCCAUUAACCUCGUGUUAUCCAUCUACGUCUCGGUCCACCAGCAGACUAUUUCCUCUGCCGCCCGAUGGUUAUCUCUGUCUCGAAUUUGCUGGUGGUGCCACGGCUACAGCAGACGUUCUCAUCGGCGCAGACGGUGUCCACUCCACUGUCCGCGAUUCUUUGUUUUCUAACUUUGUCGCUAGCGGCUGGUCGAGGCUGUCUAAGACGGAGUUGUAUGAGAGGACAGAGCCACGAUGGACUGGGGGCAUUAUGUGUCGUACACUAGUUCAAAAGGACCGACUGAACGCGACAUGGCGAGAUCACCCGGCGCUUAGUACGCCUAUGGUUUACUGCGGCAAGGGAAAGCAUAUCAACACCUUUCCUGUCCCGAAUAGUAACGCAGUAGAUAUCGCUGCUUUCUACACCAUCCCGAAUGCAUUUGGGCGUAUUUUCUCCGGAAACGCUGAGCGUCUUGUACCCUCCGAGAAACUUCGCGAGCGGUAUCGCGGUUGGGAGCCCGAAGUUCAAGCUCUUUUGGAUUGUGUCGAAGGCCCAGCUAAAGACCAAGCAGUACACUCCCUCGGCCAACUACCCAGACUGGUCAUGAGCAAUGUGGCAAUCAUAGGUGACGCUGCACAUGCUAUGGAGCCACAUUUCGCCUCCGGAGCCAGUCAGGCAAUCGAGGACGCAUACAUCCUCGGUCGCCUUCUCACGCAUCCUCUCACGAACCGCAAGCGCGCAGGCCUCGCUUUAUUAGUUUACGAAGCCGUCCGACUACGAACCGUGAAUUCUCUCGUCCUCCGGUCGCGUGAGCUCGGCUGCCUGACGGAGUUCGAUUGUCCUGGGCCAAAUAGCCACUUCAAACCGUACCGUGACGUUGAUACGAAUGUCGGCAGGAAUGAGCGCGAUGGGACUCGGACCGGGGAUAGGGCUGACGCCGAGAUGGAAGGGGCGAGAGAAGCACGGAGGAAGAGGUGGAGCGAGGAGGUCGUAAAGAGGUGGCAGUGGCAGUGGGAGGGCGGACCGCAGGAGAAUUGGAAGAUGGCGGAGAGGGUGCUGGGUGAGGCGGUCCAGCCGGGCGCUCACAUCGAUGCAGGGGUUGGUCUCUUUGGGUUGGAACGUGAAAAUGAUAUUUCGACUUAUGCCAGGGCAUGA